GCUACAAUCCAAAUCAGACGUGUCGCGUACCUGUUUCGCGACAUAAAGUUCAUGCGCCUAAUAAUCUACAGCGAACUCAAUCAAGAAUAGGCGCGUCUGUUACCACCAAGAAGAGGCAAUAUUAUGAUCUCUCACAUAGCAAACAAAUAGAAACAAACGCCGAGAUAAAACCAAAAAUCGAUCAACAUCAAAACAAAACCACAACACAAAAUGGCAUCCCUCUUUGAGCCAACACCGACCCGCCACCACGGCGGCAGCACGCCGUCGUCCUCGGCCCCACCUGCCCUGUCGCUGGCGGACCAGCUCCCCAACACAAACUUUGGCUUCGACGACCUGCGCGAGCGCAUGGCCAAGUUCACGGUGCGGUUCGACGCCUUCAUCGACGCGGGCCGCAAGCGCGUGCUCGAGGAGCGCAGCCGCUUCCACCUUUCCAUGGCCGAGCUCUCUGAGGACCAGCGCAUGAAGGCCAAGAGCAUCGAGGUCGCGCAGCUCAAGACCAACACGCACCAGCACACCGUCGCCAAGGAGGCCGCCGAGGCGCGCGAGAUGCAGCAGGCCGUCCGCGCCCUGUCGGAGCAGCGCGACCGGCAGCAGGCCGUGCGUGACGGCCUCCUCGCGCAGAUCGAGGAGACGCAGCGCGAGAUCGAGAAGCGCCUCGCCGCGCAAAAGGAGCACGCCAGGAAGAAGGAGGCCAUGGGCAGGUUCAACGUGCCCGAGCUGGACUUUUGGGUGUCGAACCUGUGCGUGCGGAUAGAAGGGGCCGGGCAGGACGAUCGGCUCAAGUUUGUGUAUACCCAUGUGGACGAGAAGGACUGGGAUCGUGAGGCCUGGUUUGAACUGAGUACGGCGGGCAGGGCCUACGAUGUGAGGCAUUGUCGGCCCAAGCUCGAGAGGAGCAAGGUGGAGCGGGUGCUGGAUAGGACGAACGAAACGCGGGAAUUGGCGGUUUUGCUCAAGGGUAUGAGAGAGCUGUUUGUGGAAGUGAUGAAAUCAUGAUCAAGUAGAAUAUGGAGGAUGUGUUGGCUUUUGUGAUCAAAUACUGAAUAUAAUGGUGCCCCGGUCAAUCAUUCAUUUGUUUGGCGUUCCGUUCGUUGGCUAUCCCACACGCUCAUUGUCACUUUCAAUCGGCUUGAAACAGCUUCCAAU